AUGGACUCCGAGGAUGACAUGCAUGACGCCAACGACCUAGAGUCGGUGGACGACGAUUUCUAUAGCGGGGACACCGCGAUGGGCAACGAUGAAGGCGACGAUUUCGAUUUCGUCGACAACGAGUCGGAUGACUCCGAGGACAUCACCUAUCACCGCCAGCAGCAAAAUUAUACUAUUUUAAGUGAAGCUGAUAUAAGACUGCGCCAAGAAGAAGACAUUAGCAGGGUUUCAACUGUGCUUUCAAUAUCCAGAUCAUCUGCAUGCAUUCUUCUACGCCAUUAUCAAUGGAGCGUUAGUCGAGUAAACGAAGAAUGGUUUGCAGAUGAAGAACAUGUUCGAAAGGUUGUUGGUCUGUUGGAGAAGCUAGUUGAAGUGCAGAAUCCUAGAGAGCUUACUUGUGGAAUUUGUUUCGAAAACUAUCCUCGCGACAGGAUGACCUCUGCUAUUUGUGGCCAUCCUUUUUGUGGCACUUGCUGGAGAGGUUAUGUUGGCACAUCAAUAAGAGAUGGCCCUGGAUGCUUAAUGCUGAGGUGUCCAGAUCCAUCAUGUGGUGCUGCCGUUGGUCAAGACAUGAUUGAUCUAUUGGCUAGUCAUGAAGACAAAGAGGAGUAUUCUCGCUAUCUUCUUAGAUCUUAUAUUGAAGAUAAUAGAAAGACAAAAUGGUGCCCUGCUCCUGGUUGUGAAUUUGCAAUCGAGUAUGUAAUUGGCAGUGGAAACUAUGAUAUUUGCUGCAAUUGCUCGUAUGGCUUCUGUUGGAAUUGCACUGAGGAGGCUCAUCGGCCAGUUGAUUGUGAUACGGUGGCAAAAUGGAUACUGAAAAACAGUGAUGAAUCUGAGAAUAUGAACUGGAUAUUGGCCAAUUCAAAACCUUGUCCGAAGUGCAAACGCCCAAUUGAGAAAAAUCAAGGAUGCAUGCAUAUUACAUGUACAACUCCUUGUAAAUUCGAGUUUUGCUGGCUAUGUCUUGGUCCAUGGUCAGAACAUGGGGAAAGGAUUGGUGGAUUUAACGCCUGUAAUCGCUAUGAAGCUGCAAAGCAGGAAGGAGCGUACGAUGAAUCUGAAAGAAGAAGAGAAAUGGCUAAAAAAUCUCUGGAAAGAUAUACUCAUUACUAUGAACGAUGGGCAACUAAUCAGUCAUCAAGGCAAAAGGCACUUUCAGAUUUACAUAGCGUGCAAAAUGAAAAGCUUGAGAAACUGAGUGUCCGACAAAGACAACCUGAGUCACAGCUCAAGUUCAUGAUAGAAGCCUGGUUACAGAUUGUGGAAUGUAGGCGAGUGUUGAAAUGGACAUAUGCGUAUGGUUAUUAUCUACCUGAGCACGAACAUGCCAAGAGACAGUUCUUUGAAUAUGUGCAAGGUGAGGCCGAGUCUGGAUUGGAACGUCUUCAUCAAUGCGCUGAGAAGGAGCUCCAGGUAUACCUUGAUGCAGAAACUCCUAUGAAAGAUUUCGAUGAUUUCCGCACCAAGUUAGCUGGUUUGACGAGUGUGACCCGCAACUACUUUGAAAACCUAGUCCGAGCCCUGGAGGCUGGUUUAAAGGAUGUAGGCUCUUCUAAUAGCGAAGCUACCUGUAGUAAAACUUCAAGUUCGAAGAGUUUGGGCACAAAGGGAAAGGGUGGCAAGUCUAAAGCAACAGGAAACAAUUCCAGAUUAGCUGGUGGUCCCAGCCACAGCUUGGAUGAGAGCAACCUCUGGUUCUGCCAUCACUGCACCUAUGCCAACCCUAAAUCUGCCAAGGCAUGCCAGAUGUGCGAGCAUCGGAGGUAG